AUGCCAAAACAGUUUGUUCGUUCUGCGAAGAACGUAGUUAAAGGUUAUUCCUCUACUCAGGUGAUGGUAAGAAAUGCCACUUCCAAUGAUUCUGGUGGUCCAGAUAUCGAUACAUUGGACGCCCUUGCUGAAAAAACCUACGAUUCAGUAGAGUUCUUUGAGAUUAUGGAUAUGUUGGAUAAGAGAUUGAACGACAAAGGUAAAUAUUGGAAACAUAUUGCCAAAUCCUUGACUGUUUUAGAUUAUUUAGUAAGAUUUGGUAGUGAAAACUGUGUUUUGUGGUGUAAAGAAAAUUUAUAUAUUAUUCAAACUUUAAAAGAAUUCAGUUAUAUCGAUGAUUCUGACCAUGAUCAAGGUCAGAUUAUUAGGGUCAAGGCUAAGGAAUUGACCUCUUUGUUGAAUGAUGAAGAAAGAUUGAGAGAUGAAAGAGGAAUGAAUAGAAGAGGUGGCAGAAGAGAACGUGCAAGACCAAGAAGAAGACCAAGUGAUGAUGAUGAGUUACAAAGAGCCAUAGAAGAAAGUAAGAGAACAGCAGAAGAUGAUGAUAGACGUAGAAGAAUGAGAGAUGAUGAGGAAGCAGACUUACAAACUGCUUUACAAUUGAGUAAAGAAGAAGAAGAAUUGAAGAGAUUACAAGAGUUACAAAGACUACAACAGCAACAGCAACAGCAACAGCAACAGCAACAACCUAUGUAUUAUGAUAUUUUUGGUAACCCAAUAUCUCAAGAAGAGUAUUUGCAAUACCAAUUACAACAACAACAGCAGCAACAACAAUGGUUGGCCCAGCAACAACAGCAAGAGUUAUUGGCUCAACAACAGCAACAACAAGAACUCUUAGCUCAACAAGAAUUGCUAGCUCAACAACAAUACUGGGCUUUGCAACAGCAACAACAGCAACAGCAACAAGCUGCUUUGUUAGCCCAACAACAAGCUGCAUAUCAACAACCAUUGGCAACCGGUUCAAACAAUCCAUUUGCUAUGAAUAAUCAAGCUUUACAACUGAAUAACCAAAAUGAUAAGGCACAUAGUGAAUUACCAGAUUUCAAUGCUAAGCCUGUAUCUGCUUACCAACCUGCAGAAUUGCCUCCACAACAACAGAUUAGUCUACCACCUCAACCUCAGCAACCUCAGCAACCAUUAAAGCAAACUAGAACUGGUAAUCAAGAUAUUACUGAUAAAUUUGGUGAAUUAAACCAACUUCUAGCAUCUGGUACAGGUAUAGAUACAUUUGGUAACACUGGUGAGGCCCGUAUUCCAGCACAGCAUACAAAGACUGGCACUUUCAUUAAUUCUCAAGGUACAGGUUACAGACAGGUGACGAAUGAUCCAAAGAAUAACCCAUUUUUGAACAGUCAAUAUACAGGAUUACCAAGCACCAACAUUGUGCCUUCACAUACUGGUUAUGGUUUUGGUAAUCAACAACAACAACAGCAGCAGCAGCAGCAGCAGCAACAACAACAACAGCAACUGCAACAGCAACAAUAUCAACAGCAGCAGCAGCAGCAACAACAAUAUCAACCACAACAACAGUACCAACAACAGUACCAGCAGCAACCUCAGCAACAAUCCUAUGAUCAAGGUGUCAGUUUGAUCGAUCUAUGA